UUUUGCUUUUUUUUUUUUGUUUCUUUCUUUCUUUAGUUGAACAUGGUAUCCAUUGCAAUUCUUGUUCUAUUGUGUCUUCAGUUUGUUUAUGCUGAUUUCCCAAAUGAUAUGUUUUAUCAUCAUCAUCCCGACUUGAUUGAUGCUGAUAUCAAUCAACAUUUCAGUCAGCCUAAUAACAGACUUGCUCAGCCUGACUCAAAUCAAGUCAUAAAUGCUUAUAACAGUGAUCCUUAUGGUAGAAAUGACUAUGGUUAUGCAAGAAAUGACUACUCCUAUGCUAGAAAUGCCGCUUAUGAUUAUGGUCGUGCCAACUAUGAUAACAAUGGUCGUGCCAACUAUAAUAACAAUGGUCGUGCUAAUGGCAAUAGCCAAAAGAUUGCUUACAAUGAAGAUGGUAGUAUUAACUGGGAAAGAAGUAAGGCUGCAGUCAAUCGUAACCAAGCACAACAGGAUGAUUAUCCCUACGACUCUCGUCAAUCUUCAGGUGGACAAGGCGAUUCGUUUCAUGAGGAACCUGGUUUUGUGGGUGGUCUUCGUCUGGCUGGAGCAUUGCCUGAUGAUGGUUAUCACCGUGGUGAAGGAACGUAUUAUGACCUUGAGACACAUGUAGGUAGUUGUGGUAAACAAAGUCAGAAUAUGGAACUUGUAGCUGCUGUCAAUGCACAAGAAAUGGGUCAAGAAGAAGGAAGUCAAAAUCCUCAUUGUGGUCAACAAAUUGAAGUGGUUGGUCCCAGUGGGAAAUCCAUUCAUGUCACUGUAGUCGAUAAUUGCAAAACAUGUCAAACGGGAGGACUUGACCUUAGUCCAGCAGCUUUUGAAGAAUUGGGUGAUUUUAGUCAUGGUUCAAUUCCUAUCAAAUGGAAGUUUAUUGAAUAAAUUUUUUUUCUUUUUCUUCUUC